AUGCUGAAAUUAAUUAGCUUUUUCCUAUUUUUUGGGUGGGCUACUGUAUGCGGGGCGUAUCACACCCCGUGCGAGCAGGGAUGGACGUAUUACCAGCUUUCCGGCCUCUGCUACAAAGCCGAAAUCGUCCCACCCGGAAAUUUCAGCACCCGAAUUCAGCAUUGCCGCUCCUACAAUGCGCACGUCGCCAGUUUGCACAAUAAAAUGGACAACUUCUUCAUCAGGACGGUGAAUGCGUCGCUGGUGGAUUACAGCCUCGAAUUCGGGCUGUUCUACUCGGACGAGCUGGGCUUUUACAAUGAUGACGGCACCCCGGCCGACUAUUUUAAUUGGGACGGGGAGCAGGAUCCGCCAAAGGGGAAUCUGGCUUCCGGGAUCGAGAAAGACUACUUUUGGUGGUACGACAGGCAGGAAGUCAUCUGGGGAGGAGCCGUCGUCUGCUCGAAGCCCGGAACCUUCGUGGAGACGACCCCCUACGAAGCGCCGGUGGGCUGCGAGCCCGGAUGGACGUAUUGGAACCACAACGACAAAUGCUACAAGAUUGACCUGAUGCCGCUGGAUCAGUUCAACACCCGCAUCAUCCAUUGCGAACAGCUCAACUCGACGAUCGGCAGCAUCCACAGCGCCGAGGAGAACUACUUCAUUCGGAACAUUAAUGCGUCGUUGGCAGACUAUUCCAUCGAAUUUGGCUUAUUCUACGAACUCGAGCGGGGCGGCUGGUUCAACUACGACGGCUCUCCGGCAGACUAUUUCAACUGGGACUCAGAACAGGAUAAGCCCAAAGGCAUCCUCGCCUCGGAGAUGGGACCCGACUACACAUGGUCGCACGAUCCGCAAUGGUAUCUCUGGGGCGGUGCCGUACUCUGCGAAAAAGACGCCCAGCCGAUACAAGCAAGAAGAAGC